AUGCUUUGGCCUCUGCUGCUGUCCCUGCUGUGGGCAGGGUCUCUGGCUAAGGAUGGGGACUAUGAGCUCUCAGUGACCAAUUCAGUGACGGUACAGGAGGGCCUGUGUAUCUUUGUGUCCUGCCAAGUCCAUUACCCCACUUCCAGUAGUCCUGUCUUUGGCUAUUGGUACCAGGAUCGGGCCACUACAAGCCUCGACUAUCUGGUGGCUACAAACGACCCAAAUCGAUCAGUACAGAAGGAAGUUCAAGGUCGAUUCCAUCUCAUGGGGGGGCCAAAUACCCAUAAUUGCUCCCUGGAGAUCAGAGAUUUGAAGAGAAGAGACACUGGAGUGUAUUUCUUCAGGGUGGAAGGACAUGGAGCUAUGAAGUACAGUUUUGUGAACCAGAAGCUCUCUGUGGAUGUGAUAGCUCUGAGUGAAACUCCUAACUUCCAAGUCUUACCUACCCUGGUGUCUGGCACUUCCACCCAACUGAUCUGCUCUGUGCCCUGGGCUUGUGAGUGUGGGACAACCCCCAUCUUCUCCUGGAUGUCAUCUGCCCUUACCUCCCUGGGUCCCAGGACCAUCCUCUCCUCAGAGCUGAACCUAACACCCAGGCCCCAGGACCAUGGCACCAACAUCACCUGUCAGGUGACCUUCCCUGGUGUUGGUGUUACUGUGGAGAGGACUGAACAGCUCAGUGUCACCUAUGCUCCACAGAAGGUGACCAUCAGGGCGUCCUGGGGAGAUGACACAGAACCCGAAGUCCUGCACAGUGGCUCAUCUCUGCAUGUCCAAGAGGGCGAGUCCUUGCGCCUCCUCUGUGAGGCCGACAGCAACCCCCCAGCCAUGCUGAGCUGGAAGCACCUGACCCAGAAGCCCCUCCAGCUCUCCACUGAGGAACUACAGCUGCAGAGGGUGGAAUUGGAAGACCAUGGAGAAUAUACCUGCCGAGCUGAGAACAAUCUGGGUGCUCAUGUGGCCUCUGUGAGCCUCAGAGUAAAGAGCCUUUUACAGCUCCGGGCACCCUCCUGCUCCUGGGAGGCUGAGGGUCUGCACUGCAACUGCUCCUCCAGAGCCUGGCCUGCCCCCUCCCUGCGCUGGCGGCUGGGGGAGGGGCUGCUGGAGGGAAAUAGCAGCAACGUCUCCUUCACGGUCACCUCCAGCUCCACAGGAUCUUGGGUCAACAGCCACUUGAGCCUCAGCAUGGAGUUCAGUGCUGGCCUCAGGCUCAGCUGUGAGGCUUGGAAUGACAAUGGAGUUCAGAGUGCUACUAUCUUGCUGCUGCAAGGUCAAGAGGUCACAAAGGCAGACAAACCCGAAACCAGUACAGGAGUGGUCCAAGGGGCCAUGGCAGGGGCUGGUCUCAUGGCCUUGCUUGCUGUCUGCACCUGCCUCAUCUUCUUCAUAAUGAAGGUCCUCAGGAAGCAAUCAACCCUGAAAGUAGUGAGCAUGGCAGGCAACCGUCAUGCUGUGUGCCCUGUCUCCACCAUAAACGGUUCCAGCAUGAUUUCGUCCAGCAUUUCGGUGAGAUACCCCACCUAGGGUCACCUGAAUGCAUCAGGGUCACAGAACCAGAAAGAACAAUCAACACUUGCCACAGUCCCACACACCCUGGAGGAUGAGCCUGAGCUCCACUAUGCCUCCCUUUCCUUCCAAGGCCUGAAGCCCCGGCAGUCUCAGAACACAGAGACCAUCAAGUCUGAUUACACAGAGAUCAAGAUCCACAAGUGCUGA